AUGGAUGUGAAGUGUGAAAAUUUACAAAAUGGUGAAUUUCCUCUGACAAUUCUACAUUUAAAUGACGACAUUGUGCCUGAGAUCGGUAGCACUGUUGUUAUUAGCGAAAAUCAGUCCGAAAGUGUUUGCGACUCACCUUCUAAAAUAUGGACAGGCAAACGCGUGCUUUGUUCCUUUUCAGCUAAUAACGUUGAUCUAGAUGAUUAUCCUUUCCAUGCUGUGACGUAUGGAGAACCAGGGGAGUUAUAUGGGUUGCCCUAUAAUGACCAUAAUUAUGCAAAGGUGUGGGAGGAGGAGUCGAAUAAUGACAACCAACUGGCCUUACUAGCUAAAGUUGCACUGUCCGGGAAGGAGGGAACUGACGCUGAAAUCCAACGGUCGGGUUCAUCUGGUAACGUUGGUACUGUCUCGAAUUCCACUGAAUUGGUUCAAAGCUCUGGUCACCGGGGCUCGAAUGUGCCUCAUGUGACAAUUAUCAAAACCCCAUUCUUGAAUCAAAAUUAUCAAACGUCCUCAUCGAUUCAGUCGACUCUUUCUACGCCUACUUGUAAGGUUGCGACAUCGAAUGGUCGAACGAUACUUCUUACGCCAAGUCGCGGAAAUUUGGGGGCUUCUGUCCAGAUUCAUCGCGUAUCCUCUGUUAACACAUCUCAGGUCCUUCUGAGGGCUGAUUUUUCUUCUGGUGACGGCGUCUUCAAUGGGAUUUCGUCCACCCUGAAUGGUUCUAUCCGCUGUAUUUGCGGCUACAAUCGUGACGACGGUUGCCUAGUUCAGUGCACCAACUGC